UUGUAUGUCUCCUCUGCUCCAGCUAUCAAGUGUCCCUCAGGCAGUCAGUACAAUCCAUGUACCUCUGCGUGUCCUCAGCCCAGUUGCCAGGACCCUGCAGGCUCCGGUGGCUCCUGUAAUCAGCCCUGUGUGGAGGGAUGUGUCUGUAAUCCUGGGCUCAUCCUCAGUGGAGACAAAUGUGUCCCGCUCAGUGAGUGUGGAUGCACUGAUGAAGGUGGAAACUACAGGCCGACAGGAGACACAUGGUUUUCAGAGAAGGACUGUUCAGAGCGCUGUAAGUGUAACGGCAACCACAACAUCACCUGCGAGCCAUGGCAGUGCAGCCCUACACAGGAGUGUAAGGUGGUGGAGGGAGUACUAGGCUGUUACUCUAGAGGAAAUGGAAUCUGCUCAGUAUCUGGUGAUCCUCAUUACAACACCUUUGACAAAGUAACCCACCACUACAUGGGGUCUUGCUCCUACACCUUGACCAAACCCUGCAAUGUCUCCACCGACUUGCCAUACUUCACCGUGGACACCCAGAACGAGCACAGAGGAAGUAACAAGAGGGUUUCCUAUGUCAGAGCUGUAGUGAUCAAUGUGAGCGGUGUGACUGUCAUCCUUGGCAAGGGACGCAAAGUCCAGGUCAAUGGGACAGCAGUCGUCCCACCUUUGAAUCCUGCCAAAGGAGUCAAGAUCUACUUAAGUGGAAAGUUUGUCGUCCUGGAGACAGACUUUGGCCUGAGGGUGCGUUUCGAUGGUAACCACCAUGCUGACGUCACCUUGCCAACCUCCUACAGUGGCCUGCUCUGUGGCAUGUGUGGAAAUUUCAAUAACAAUCCAAGAGACGACAACCUGAAACCAGACCAAACACCAGCCGCUAACACCAAUGAGUUGGGAGACAGCUGGCAGGUUCCUGACCCGCGGCCUGACUGCACCAACGGUGGAGGACAUGAAGAGUGUGACAAGAAUGUGGAGGAGGAGGCCCAGAAACCAACCAGCUGUGGCAUGAUCACCGAUCCUAACGGUAUCUUCAAGCCUUGCCACUCUGUCGUGCCCCCGAACCAAUACUUUGAAAACUGUGUGUACGACGUCUGUGCAACUGGAGGUCAGACUGAGGCUCUGUGCCAGGCCAUAGAGAGCUACGCUGAUUUGUGUGCUGCAGCAGGAGUCCCCAUCGCAUGGAGGAAAAACAACACUUUCUGUCCUAUCAAGUGUCCCUCAGGCAGUCAGUACAAUCCAUGUACCUCUGCGUGUCCUCAGCCCAGUUGCCAGGACCCUGAUCCUUGA